AUGGAUGUCUAUGGAGAGAUGGUGUGUUUAUCCAUUCCACUCAAGUGCUAUCCCUGCAGUUUUCAUCCUAGAAUCCAGUAUUUGUAUUACAGUAAACAUAGGAUUUAGCCUUCGUGACCCAGAUGAUUAAGGGAUGUGUAACUUUCCCUUUGAAGACAAUUCGAUAUGUAUCUAGAUACAUGGGCUCCAAUAUGAUACAGGAACAAUAUGUUUUGGUGUGAUUCGGUUUGAUUAGAGAAUGAAUCAAUUCGAUGCGAUACAAUUCGAUGCAUAAACACAGUAAUUUUCCAUUCUAAAUUAAAAUCUGUUGCUAAUAUGAGCUGGGCCUUUCUGAGCUGGAUCUGUCUGAGCUGACUUUUGUGUGCGUGUGUGUGUGAAAUAUGUCUAUGUCUAUGGUGUAUAGGCACCUGAGCUGAGCCAUAACGAAAACUGGGAAUCUACCCCCCCCCCUAAUUAAUGUGUCCGUUUUGCAGAUUAAAAGUAUUAGAGCUCGUAAUGUAUCAAUAUUUAUCUUUCAAAAUUAGCUAUGACAUAGCCAAUAUAGCACAACUUUGUGUAACCCCCGUUUUCACCCCCGUCUCAUAAUCGAAUGGUUUAGACUGUUUGGAAGUUGAUGGACUCGGAGUGAGUUGCUCUUCUUAUCCUGCUUCGACCAUGAAGUGCAGGUUAAAAAAAAGGGUAGACGUGCCAGAUCAGGAAUAGGCCCACCUCUCGUUGGUCGGAGCACGCAAAACUGCGCACAGCAAGCAGUUUGACUAGGCUACUGAUAUUGCCUGGGGUUCUUUGGCAUGCAAAGUGACUUGUAGAUCAAUGACUGUCAACAUAAUUACAUGCUUAGUUCGACACUGAAGGAGAGAGAGGAUGCAGUUGUCACAAAAGAUGAGAGGUAUUUUCGGAAGGUAGAAAGAAAUGUGAAUAGCCGAUUCUUAAUGUUUUAAUCGAUUUUCUGACGGGUGCAUGCUACAUUUGGAUCGGUUUGGGGUCCCCCGGACCUAUACACUCAUAUCUUAAACAUUUAACCAGGGACCGAUGCAUAUCGGUGAAUCGUUACAUCCAUAUAUGAACCCAAGUUGGAAAUUGAGGCUCAUAAACUGGCAUUGAAACAAUAUGUGUAUAGGACACCUAAGGUUGUGUUGUGUGUUAUUGUGUAGACUGGAGCCAUGUGCAAGCUAGCAUCCACUGUUGACUCGGCCUACUUCGCCACUUGAGGGGUAGGCUUGAUAGUAGCCAAGUGUAUUAUUAUGUUAUAAAUGGACGUUCCUUUAGCAUAGAACUCAGGUAUCCUGCAUUGUAUUAAGCGUGUAUAUACAGUAACAGUACUUUAGUUAGCAUUAGCAUGUAGCGCUGGUUCAGGUGUAAAUGGGUCAGAGACGUGGGACGCCACGCUAGCAGGCCAGGGAGGCUAAUGUGUGUCUCAGACUGAGCCGCUCAUGACCAAACUCUGGUCUCUGUUUUUUCCGUUGGCACCGUCCAACGGGAACAACUGACUCAGUCUACUCUUUCUCCCUCAAUUUAAAAUGAAACAUUAAUACUCAUGUCCCCUAUUUUCGGACCCUUUUUUUACCCAUUUUUUCUCACUUUCCUUCAUUGUCGUUCCAUACGUCAAUCCCAUUUAAUGUUUUAUUUUCCUUUUCUCUGUUUUUUUCUUCUCUCUCUCUCUCUCUCAGCGUCAGUGAACUAUUAAAAAAGAGAGUAGGAAAAGAUACCACUAAUUCCACUGCCUAAAGAAAACCAGAUCCACUAUGAAAGACGUGUGGACUGAGAGGGCUGAAGACAGCUCUUUUCAGUUUGCUUGAAACCCAAAUAUCUGCAGUAUCUUCACACAUGGCAGAAUUGCUUCUAGCUAAAUACCUUGUGGUAGGUUGCUAUGCAGUUUAUAGCCUACAGACACAUUAUUACAUCACUAACUCAAAUCAAAUCACAUUUUAUUUGUCACAUAAACGUGUUUAGCAGAUGUUAUUGCGGGUGUAGCGAAAUGCUUGUGCUUCUAACAAUUUCACAACAUAUACCCAAAACACACAAAUCUAAGUAAGGAAUGGAAUUUAAGAAUACAGUUGAAGUCGGAAGUUUACAUACACUUAGGUUGGAGUCAUUAAAACCUGUUUUUCAACCACUCCACACAUUUCUUGUUGUCACGAUCGUUUAUAGACGGCACGGACCAAGGCGCAGCAUGAUAUGCAUACAUGUUUAUUUACGAAUAAACACAAUGACAAAACAAUAAACGAUACGUGAAGUCCAACGCAACGCAACACAACACAACUCAACACGGAACAAGAUCCCACACCCCACUAGUGCCAAUAGGCUGCCUAAGUAUGGUCCCCAAUCAGAGACAACGAGCUACAGCUGCCUCUGAUUGGGAACCACACCAGCCAACAUAGAUCUACACAUACUAGAUCGAAACAUAGAAAAUCAACAUAGCAAAACACAACACAGAAAAUACACACCCUGACUCAACAAAUACGAGUCCCUUGAGUCAGGGCGUGACACUUGUUAACAAACUAUAGUUUUGGCAAGUCAGUUAGGACAUUUACUUUGUGCAUGACACAAGUAAUUUUUCCAACAAUUGUUUACAGACAGAUUAUUUCACUUAUAAUUCACUGUAUCACAAUUCCAGUGGGUCAGAAGUUUACAUACACUUAGUUGACUGUGCCUUUAAACAGCUUGGUAAAUUCCAGAAAAUGAUGACAUGGCUUUAGAAGCUUCUGAUAGGCUAAUUGACAUCAUUUGAGUCAAUUAGAGAUGUACCUGUGGAUGUAUUUCAAGGCCUACCUUCAAACUCAGUGCCUCUUUGCUUGACAUCAUGGGAACAUCAAAAGAAAUCAGCCAAGACCUCAGAAAAACAAUUGUAGACCUCCACAAGUCUGGUUCAUCCUUGGGAGCAAUUUCCAAAUGCCUGAAGGUACCACGUUCAUCUGUACAAACAAUAGUACGCAAGUAUAAACACCAUGGGACCACGCAGCCGUCAUACCGCUAAGGAAGGAGACGCGUUCUGUCCCCUAGAGAUGAACGUACUUUGGUGCAAAAAGUGCAAAUCAAUCCCAGAAAAACAGCAAAGGACCUUGUGAAGAUGCUGGAGGAAACAGGUACAAAGGUAUCUAUAUCCACAGUAAAACAAGUCCUGUAUCGACACAACCUGAAAGGCUGCUCAGCAAGGAAGAAGCCAAUGCUCCAAAAUCUCCAUAAAAAAGCCAGACUACGGUUUGCAACUGCACAUGGGGACAAAGAUCAUACUUUUUGGAGAUAUGUCCUCUGAUCUGAUGAAACAAAAAUAGAACUGUUUGGCCAUAAUGACCAUCGUUAUGUUUGGAGGGAAAAGGGGGUGGCUUGCAAGCUGAAGAACACCAUCCCAACCGUGAAGCACGGGGGUGGCAGCAUCAUGCUGUGGGGGUGCUUUGCUGCAGGAGGGACUGGUGCACUUCACAAAAUAGAUGGCAUCAUGAGGAAGGAAAAUUAUGUGGAUGUAUUGAAGCAACAUCUCAAGACAUCAGUCAGGAAGUUAAAGCUUGGUCGCAAAUGUGUCUUCCAAAUGGACAAUGACCCCAAGCAUACUUCCAAAGUUGUGGCAAAAUGGCUUAAGGACAACAAAGUCAAGGUAUUGGAGUGGCCAUCACAAAGCCCUGACCUCAAUCCUAUAGAACAUUUGUGGGCAGAACUGAAAAAGCAUGUGCGAGCAAGGAGGCCUACAAACCUGACUCAGUUACCCCAGCUCUGUCAGGAGGAAUGGGCCAAAAUUCACCCAACUUAUUGUGGGAAGCUUGUGGAAGGCUACCCGAAACGUUUGACCCAAUUUAAACGCAAUGCUACCAAAUACUAAUUGAGUGUAUGUAAACUUCUGACCCACUGGGAAUGUGAUGAAAUAAAUAAAAGCUGAAAUAAAUCAUUCUCUCUCUACUAUUAUUCUGACAUUUCACAUUUUUAAAAUAAAGUGGUGAUCCUAACUGACCUAAGACAGGGAAUUUUUACUAGGAUUAAAUGUCAGGAAUUGUGAAAAACUGAGUUUGUAUUUGGCUAAGGUGUAUGUAAACUUCCGACUUCAACUGUAUAUACAUAUAUGGACAAGCAAUGACAGAGCGGCAUGGAAUAAGAUACAGUAGAAUAUUAUAGAAUACAGUAUAUACAGUUGAAGUCGGAAGUUUACAUACAAUUUACUGAAUUAAUACAAUAAAUGUUUUUUUCACUUCACUGUCACGAGGGGGGCCGCUAAAAUGUUUUGCUCACAAGGUGGGGGUGGGGUAUGGAUGUGGGUACACAGACCCACAAGUCACUGCGGCCCCUCACGAGUUCCAUUAUUUUGUGGCCCCCACCCCAAUCACAGUUGCCCAUCCCUGGUAGUAUACAGUAGGUAGUAUACAGUAGGUACUAGUAUAUUAUCAGGCCACUUUAUGAGUGUCUGACCAAUAGUGGCACCUGAUCUGACUGUCAUAUGAUGUGAUGACAUUAUUAGUUACAUCUGCAUCACUAUCUGCUGGUUUAAAUUAAUGACAGACAUGUUACUAAUGUUGGACCAGAUCUAUAUUUGUCAUCAAUCUACUCAUUAGAUGUCUCUGUUGAAAUGCAUUUCCUUAGACUACAUGAAUCGCUGCAAAUUGCGUAAUUUAUAGGGACUUCGUCUGUUUACUAAAACCGCAGUCACAUGACCCUAAGCUAUGACCACACACACAUGGGUUUGCAGUUACCCCAAGGCUGGCAAUAAGCGACGUAGAAGUCCUACUAAAUAGAACCUUUGACUGGAACUGCUGCUGGGAGUUCCAGAGGAGAGGUGCAUGUUGGGAUAGCUGGCGUCGUCAGGGGGGAUGUGAGGCUUUGGGAGAUGGGGAGAGCAGAGGGUUGGGGGUUGAGUGGGGAGGAAAGAGAGAGAGGAGACCAAGAGGGGGAGAGAGAGAGAGAGAGAGAAGGAGAGAGAGAGGUAGACAGAGAGAAGGGGAGAGAGAGGGAGAGGGAGAGAAGGAGAACGAGUCUUCUCGGUGUGGGGGAAACUUUUCAUCCUUACGGAGCUGAAUGUUUUCACAGAGCCAGACGCGUCACCACAGUGGAGCCACAGCACACACUGGGAGCAGUCAGAUAGAGAGAAGGAGGGAGAUGGAGAGAGAGUGGGAGCUUGGAGGGAGUUAGAUAUACAGACAUGGAGAGAGGUUGUUGGAGGUGGGGACCAGAUGGAUUGAUAGAGUGUGUAGGUCUUGCUGAAAGAGGGGGCCGGUUACAGUACAGACAUGAGUUUACCUCACUCUGCAGCCUAGCCUAUAACUGAACCUUGUUUUCACCCUGUCUGCUGUGGCUGGGUGGGGUAAUAUCUCUGCCCAGGUACAAGCCAGCCGUUUCCUCACUCAUUUAAAUUCAACUCUUCUCUAUAUUAAAAAAGACCUCUCCACUAAAACGACAUGAGAGAGAGACAUUCUAGGAAAGAGGAAGGAUGACUAUAUUCACCCAACUAACUAUAAAAUGUAUACUAUUACAUAGACAUACAGGGUUGGGGGUUUUAAGAGAAAAGGAGAGAGAGAGAUGGAAUAAGGUAGAGAGAGAGGGUUGGGGUUUUCUGGGAUUACAGAAGAAUUCUGUGUAAUUCCACUGACUGAAUUUGUGGUAAAGAUUGAGACAUUCACUGACUGCCUGUCUGUGCAGCACACACAAACACACACACACACACACUCAUCUUGUCUCUCACCAACACACAUAAACAAACUUGUCCAUGAUGUUUGAUGACAUUACAUUGGACUAGAAUGAAUAAUCUCCAUUAGGUUGAUGUUUGUCUGAGGAUCUCUCUCUCUCUCUCUCUCUCUCUCUCUCUCUCUCACAGAGAGACUGUUGCACUGAUCCAGUCAGUUUGUAGCUUUAGACUAAGGCUUAAGCAGCUCUGCAUGACUGCUCUUGUAUUUGAGAGAGAGAUAGGUGAAAGUUUAGCACUUUGCACUUCUUGGUCGAAAUUUGACUGAAACGCUAUACCCAGCUAGCGCAUAACGUUCUGAGAACCAUGUUUCUUACAGCUUGGUGAGAGCGUGGUUGUCCUAUGGUUAUUUUGCAUACAACCUUCUUACAACUUUCUGGGAAUGGUGCAGGAUCGUCUCUAAGCUAUAUUUAAUCUAGUUAAGUAUGAUCUUACCUGGUUAAAAGCCUCACUACCACUACUCAGAUGCGGUCCCGUGUGGCUCAGUUGAUAGAGCAUGGGCUUUGCAACACCAGGGUUGUGGAUUCGAUUCCCAUUGGGAAAAAGAUAAGAGCCUCUGCUAAAUCACUAAAAUGUCAAAUGAAUCAUAGAUGUUGUUAGUACAGUUGUCACUCCUCUCUCCCUCUACAUAGGCAUGUUGGGUCUGCUAAGCCCACAUCUAUUUCCCCCAUGGUUCUGACAGAGAAUAGAAGAUGGCGUAGCAGUGUGGUCGUGAAUUGUGUUGUGUCCUCGUGUAAAUAGGCAGUUUUUUUGUCUUUUUUUUGUAUAUAUUUUCUCUCUCUCAUUUCCCAUCCUUUAACCAAAUAUACUUUCCUGCAACCCGCCUCACCCAAUGUGGAACGGAUUCUAUUAUUUCUUUAUUUUUAUCAAGCCUACGGCUAAAACUAGCCAGCUAACUAGCUACUUGCUAUUAGCCACCGUUAGCGGUCUUCACCACUGUCCGUGGCCUGCACUACCUACCAGCCAGCUCUAGCCUGGACAAUUAUCGGUCUGCACAGCGUGCUAUCGACCCAGAGCAUAUCGGAUUUUCUGACGGAAUCACUGAAUCACUGGACCUUAACACAGGAUCAUCGCAACUAGCUAGCUGCAACCGAAUGGCUGUUGUUGGCUAAUUCACCACUUGUCCCGAUGCACCAGUUAGCCUUGAGCUAGCCUCGAGCCAGACCCAUCUCCCGGCUAUCUACCUCUCUGUCAACCGGACGGGACCACCUAGUGUCGACACGGAGCCCCGCCGAUCCAUCACGACUGGUCUGCCGACAUCAUCGUCUGAUGUGGUUUCAACAGGCUUCCCGUUGCGACGACCACGAAGAUCCAUCUGCUAGCCCCGGCCCGCUAGCACGCGCAAUCAACAGCCGUGCCUCCUGCUCGCCUGUGCUGUAGCAGCCUACAAACUGCUCCCGGACUUAGCUAUUGCUGUUCACUGGACCUUAUGAUCACUCAGCUACACAGCUGAUGCCUGCUGGACUGUUCCUUUACACGGUACCCUAUCCUGUUUCUGUUUAGCCUCAGCCCAAACUUUCGCCGCCAUUACCAGUUGUUGUCUUAGCCCUCUCGAAUAACACCUGUGAUUGCGUUAUGCCUCUCUCCCAUGUCAAUAUGCCUAGCCUAUUACUGUUUGGUCUAGUUCUUAUUGUACUAUUUCAAUGUAGAACCUCCAGUCCCGCUCAACCAGCCUCAGAGAGCUCCUUUGUCCCACGCCCCCAUACACACGGAGACCGGCUCAAUCGGUACCUCUAGUGAUGCUACCUCUUUCAUCGUUACCCAAUGCUUAGGUGUACCUCCAAUGUAUUCAUAUCCUUCCAUAUCCUUGUCUGUACAUAAUGCCCUGAAUCUAUUCUACAACGCCCUGAAAUCUGCCCCUCUCCCGAGUGGCGCAGUGGUCUAAGGUACUGCAUCGCAGUGCUAGCUGUGCCACUAGAGAUCCUGGUUCGAAUCCAGGCUCUGUCGUAGCCGGCCGCGACCGGGACAUGGGGCGGCGCACAAUUGGCCCAGCGUCGUCCAGGGUAGGGGAGGGAAUGGCCGGCAGGGAUGUAGCUCAGUAGAGCAUGGCGUUUGCAACGCCAGGGUUGUGGGUUCGAUUCCCACAGGGGGCCAGUAUAAAAAAGAAUGUAUGCACUCACUAACUGUAAGUCGCUCUGGAUAAGAGCGUCUGCUAAAAUGACUUAAAUGUAAUGUAAAUGUUAUUAUCUGUACCCAACGCACUAGAAGACCAGUUCUUAAAGCCUUUAGCCGUAUCCUUAUUCUAUUCCUCCUCUGUUCCUCUGGUGAUGUAGAGGUUAACCCCUGUAGCCCCCAGUAUCACUCCUACUCCCCAGGCGCUAUCAUUUGUUGACUUCUGUAACCGUAAAAGCCUUGGAUUCUUGCAUGUCAACAUCAGAAGCCUCCUCCCCAAGUUGGAGUUAUUCACUGCGUUAGCCCACUCUGCCAACCCUGAUGUUCUAGCAGUGUCUGAAUCCUGGCUUAGGAAGGCCGCCAAAAAUUCAGAAAUUUCCAUCCCGAAUUACAACAUUUUCCGUCUAGAUAGAACUGCCAAAGGGGGCGGAGUUGCAAUCUACUGUAGAGAUAGCCUGCAGAGCUCUUUCAUACUAUCCAGGUCUGUGCCCAAACAGUUUGAGCUUCUACUUCUAAAAAUCCACCUUUCCAGAAAUAAGUCUCUCACUGUUGCCGCUUGCUACAGACCCCCAUCAGCCCCCAGUUGUGCCCUGGACACCAUAUGUGAAUUGCUUGCCCCCCAUCUAUCCUCUGAGUUCGUACUGCUUGGUGACCUAAACUGGGAUAUACUUAACACCCCGGCCGUCCUACAAUCUAAACUAGAUGCCCUCAAUCUCACACAAAUUAUCAAAGAACCUACCAGGUACAACCCUAAAUCCGUAAAAAUGGGGACCCUCAUAGAUAUCAUCCUGACUAAUUUACCCUCUAAAUACACCUCCGCUGUCUUCAACCAGGAUCUCAGCGAUAACUGCCUCAUUGCCUGCGUCCGUAAUGGGUCCGCAGUCAAACGACCACCCCUCAUCACUGUCAAACGCUCCCUAAAACACUUCAGCGAGCAGACCUUUCUAAUUGACCUGGCCAGGGUAUCCUGGAUGGAUAUUGAACUCAUUCCGUCAGUAGAGGAUGCCUGGAUGUUCUUCAAAAGUGCUUUCCUCUCCAUCUUAAAUAAGCAUGCCCCAUUCAAAAAAUUCAGAACUAAGAACAGAUAUAGCCCCUGGUUCACCCCAGACUUGACUGCCCUUGACCAGCACAAAAACAUCCUGUGGCGUACUGCAUUAGCAUCGAACAGCUCCCGCGAUAUGCAACUUUUCAGGGAAGUCAGGAACCAAUAUACACAAUCAGUUAGGAAAGCAAAGGCUAGCUUUUUCAAACAGAAAUUUGCAUCCUGUAGCACUAACUCCAAAAAGUUUUGGGACACUGUAAAGUCCAUGGAGAAUAAGAGCACCUCCUCCCAGCUACCCACUGCACUGAGGCUAGGAAACACUGUCACCACCGAUAAAUCUACAAUAAUGGAGAAUUUCAAUAAGCAUUUUGCUACGGCUAGCCAUGCUUUCCACCUGGCUACCCCUACCCCGGCCACCAGCUCUGCACCCUCCGCUGCAAAUUACUGUGCAGCAGUCUUCAUCGACCUGGCCCAAGGCUUUUGACUCUGUCAAUCACCGCAUUCUUAUUGGCAGACUAAAUAGCCUUGGUUUCUCAAAUGAUUGCCUCGCCUGGUUCACCAACUACUUCUCAGAUAGAGUUCAAUGUGUCAAAUCGGAAGGCCUGUUGUCUGGACCUCUGGCAGUCUCUAUGGGGGUGCCACAGGGUUCAAUUCUCGGGCCGACGCUAUUCUCUGUGUAUAUCAUGAUGUCGCUCUUGCUGCUGGUGACUCUCAGAUCCACCUCUACGCAGACGACACCAUUUUGUAUACAUCUGGCCCUUCAUUGGACACUUUGUUAACUAACCUCCAAACGAGCUUCAAUGCCAUACAACACUCCUUCCGUGGCCUCCAACUGCUCUUAAACGCUAGUAAAACUAAAUGCAUGCUCUUCAAUCGAACGCUGCUUGCACCCGCCCGCACGACUAGAAUCACUACUCUCGGCGGGUCUGACUUAGAAUAUGUGGACAACUACAAAUACCUAGGUGUCUGGUUAGACCGUAAACUCUCCUUCCAGGCUCACAUGAAGCAUCUCCAAUCCAAAGUUAAAUCUAGAAUCGGCUUCCUAUUUCGCAACAAAGCCUCCUUCACUCAUGCUGCUAAACAUGCUCUCGUAAAACUGACUAUCCUACCGAUCCUUGACUUCGGCGAUGUCAUUUACAAAAUAGCCUCCAACACUCUACUCAGCAAAUUGGAUGUAGUCUAUCACAGUGCCAUCUGUUUUGUCACCAAAGCCCCAUAUACUACCCACCAUUGUGACCUGUACGCUCUCGUUGGCUGGCCCUCACUAUAUAUUCGUCGCCAAACCCACUGGCUCCAGGUCAUCUAUAAAUCUCUUCUAGGCAAAUCCCCGCCUUAUCUUAGCUCAUUGGUCAACAUAGCAACACCCACCCGUAGUAUGCAUUCCAGCAGGUAUAUCUCACUGGUCAUCCCCAAAGCCAACACCUCCUUUGGCCGCCCUUCCUUCCAGUUCUCUGCUGCAAAUGACUGGAACGAACUGCAAAAAUCUCUGAAGCUGGAGACACUUAUCUCCCUCACUAUCUUUAAGCAUCAGUUGUCAGAGCACCUUACCGAUCACUGCACCUGUACACAGCCCAUCUGUAAUUAGCCCACCCAACUACCUCAUCCCCAUAUUGUUAUUUACAUUGUUAUUUAUUUGGCUAAUUUGCACCCCAGUAUCUCUAUUUGCACAUCAUCUAUCACUCCAGUGUUAAUACUAAAUUGUAAUUAUUUUGCACUAUGGCCUAUUUAUUGCCUUACCUCCAUAACUUACUACAUUUGCACACACUGUAUAUAGAUUUUCUAUUGUGUUUUUGACUGUACGUUUUGUUUAUCCCAUAUGUAACUCUGUGUUUGUUGUUUUUAUCGCACUGCUUUGCUUUAUCUUGGCCAGGUCGCAGUUGUAAAUGAGAACUUGUUCUCAACUGGCUUACCUGGUUAAAUAAAGGUUAAAUAAAAAAAUAAAAAAUGUUCUGGGCAUCCACGUCUAAGAUGAUAUCAGUGUUAUGGUUCUACUGUGAUUUAUUUGGCUCUAUUCUCUUCCCUCAUCUCGCCUUACUAUCCCACAACAAAGUCACAGUUUCCUUUCAUUAUGCCCAGCAUAAGCUAAGGAGCAAGUUUUUAAUGUGUAUAAAUGGAAUAACAUUGCAGUAACUCUCUUGCAAUAAAAAUAGGUUUAAAAAAAAUAAUUUUGUGUGUGUGUGUUCAGUCUGACCAAUCUCUGUCUGUUUACUGUUGGAAGGAAGGGAGUGUGUGUGUGUUCCUGUUUUGGUUCAAUGUCAGCUUUGCAUCAGUUUAUUCAAACACUGGAUACUAAACUCCCAUCCACCCACACAUCUCUCUCUCGCUCGCUCGUUCUUUCUUUUUCAAUCUCUCUGUCACCCUCACACACUCACACAUGCACGUUCAGACAAGCACUGUAAGUAGGCAAACAGGCACACCCACAGACACACACACGUACACACAAAACAUUAUUUACAAUGACAUCCUGCUUCUCUCAGUUGACUGUAUGGCAAAUCAUAGAAUAGCCAUGAAUGGGUGGGUUUCUGUGUUGUUUCUAGCUGAUGGAAAUGGUGGGAAACUCCAGAGAGAAAGAGAGAGAGGAAUGAGGGGAGAGAGAGAGAAAGGGAGAGAGCGAUGUGUGAGUGUGUGUUGUGUAUGUCUGUGUGUGUGUGUGUGUGUGUGUGUGUGUGUGUAGUGUGGGUGUGUUUGCCAAUACUGUCUAAACCAUGCCAUGUAACCAUGUGUGAGUGUCCUUUUUCAUCAUUAUCUUCAAAGACAUUGUAUUGUCCAGGGUCUAACCCUCUCUACCCUCCCCUCUCUCUAUCCCAGGUGUGGCUUCAGCAGUAUGGCUACCUGCCUCCAGGUGACGUCCGAGCCCAGGCUAUCCGUUCCCCCAAGUCCAUCAAUACGGCCAUCACAGCCAUGCAGAAGUUCUACGGCCUCACCGUCACCGGAUCUAUGGACACCAACACCCUACAGUGAGUCCUGAGUGACCAAGACAAAGAAUGCAAAUAUUUCAGCGUUAUUAUAAUAAUAAUAAUAUGCCAUUUAGCAGACGCUUUUAUCCAAAGCGACUUACAGUCAUGUGCACAUACAUUUUUACGUAUGGGUGGUCCCGGGGAUCGAACCCACUACCCUGGCGUUACAAGCGCCAUAUGCGCAUAACUUAUUGAUAAAGAUUCAUGCUGUUGACUUGUUUUUAAAGCACAUGUGAGAAUUGUAGUCUCAGAAUUGUAUACAGAACAGCUAACCCACUUUAAGUGAUAUCAUUACCCCAGAUGUGGUACUAAACCCAUUUAUAAGCGCUUUAAUUAUUUAUUCAGAAAUAGAGGUUGUACAGUUUGUGACAUGGUAAAGGUAACAAACAGGUGUGUCUUGCUGUUGCCAGGGCGAUGAAGCGGCCGCGUUGUGGCGUACCAGACAAGUUUGGUUCCGAGCUGAAGAGCAACCUGAGGAGGAAGCGAUACGCCGUACAGGGACUGAAGUGGGACAAACAAGAGGUCACUUUCAGGUAAGACUGCACAGCUUUACUCCUACGACACACAGUUAAUAAACUCAGCAAAAAAAGAAACGUCCUCUCACUGUCAACUGCGUUUAUUUUCAGAAACUUGUAUGAACAUAACAAGAUUCAACAACUGAGACAUAAACUGAACAAGUUCCACAGACAUGGAAUAAUGUGUCCCUGAACAAAGGGGGGGGUCAAAAUCAAAAGUAACAGUCAGUAUCGGGUGUGGCCACCAGCUGCAUUAAGUACUGCAGUGCAUCUCCUCAUCAUGGACUACACCAGAUUUGCCAGUUCUUGCUGUGAGAUGUUACCCCACUCUUCCACCAAGGCACCUGCAAGUUCCCGGACAUUUCUGGGGGGAAUGGCCCUAGCCCUCACCCUCCGAUCCAACAGUUCCCAGAUGUGCUCAAUGGGAUUGAGAUCUGGGCUUUUCGCUGGCCAUGGCAGAACACUGACAUUCCUGUCUUGCAGGAAAUCACGCACAGAACGAGCAGUAUGGCUGGUGGUAUUGUCAUGCUGGAGGGUCAUGUCAGAAUGAGCCAGCAGGAAGGGUACCACAUGAGGGAGGAGGAUGUCUUCCCUGUAACGCACAGCGUUGAGAUUGCCUGCAAUGACAACAAACUCAGUCCGAUGAUGCUGUGACACACCGCCCCAGACCAUGAUGGACCCUCCACCUCCAAAUCGAUCCCGCUCCAGAGUACAGGCCUCGGUGUAACGCUCAUUCCUUGGACGAUAAACGUGACAAAACCGUGAGACAAAACCGUGACUCGUCAGUAAAGAGCACUUUUUGCCAGUCCUGUCUGGUCUAGCGACGGUGGGUUUGUGCCCAUAGGCGACCUUGUUGCCGGUGAUGUCUGGUGAGGACCUGCCUUACAACAGGCCUACAAGCCCUCAGUCCAGCCUCUUUCAGCCUAUUGCGGACAGUCUGAGCACUGAUGGAGGGAUUGUGCGUUCCUGGUGUAACUCGGGCAGUUGUUGUUGCCAUCCUGUACCUGUCCCGCAGGUGUGAUGUUCGGAUGUACCAAUCCUGUGCAGGUGUUGUUACACGUGGUCUGCCACUGCAAGGACGAUCAGCUGUCCGUCCUGUCUCCCUGUAGCGCUGUCUUAGGCGUCUCACAGUACGGACAUUGCAAUUUAUUGCCCUGGCCACAUCUGCAGUCCUCAUGCCUCCUUGCAGCAUGCCUAAGGCACGUUCAUGCAGAUGAGCAGGGACCCUGGGCAUCUUUCUUUUGUGUUUUUCAGAGUCAGUAGAAAGGCCUCUUUAGUGUCCUACGUUUUCAUAACUGUGACCUUAAUUGCCUACCGUCUGUAAGCUGUUAGUGUCUUAACGACCGUUCCACAGGUGCAUGUUCAUUAAUUGUUUAUGGUUCAUUGAACAAGCAUGGGAAACAGUGUUUAAACCUUUUACAAUGAAGAUCUGUGAAGUUAUUAGGAUUUUUACGAAUUAUCUUUGAAAGUUUAUUUUUAUGUACGCGAUGAGUCUAAUGUCCUCUUAAGCCUUUAAAGUGAACUUUUCACAUAUAAGAAUUACACAUACACUAUAAAUAACAUAUUUAUCUCAAGUAACUUGUUAGAUCUAAUAGAAUUCUUAAGGAAUAUUAAUCAAUCAAAAUCAUAUUGAAUCAUAUUGAGAUUGCAUCGAGCAAAGACUGCACAAAAUUGCACAUAAGAAUGCAGAGCAAGAACCAAUACACAUUUUAGAAGAUCCUUUUUUAUUAUAUACACUGCUCAACAAAAAUAAAGGGAACACUUAAACAACACAUCCUAAAUCUGAAUGAAUGAAAUAAUCUUAUUAAAUACUUUUUUCUUUACAUAGUUGAAUGUGCUGACAACAAAAUCACACAAAAAGUAUCAAUGGAAAUCAAAUGUAUCAACCCAUUGAGGUCUGGAUUUGGAGUCACCCUCAAAAUUAAAGUGGAAAACCUCACUACAGGCUGAUUCAACUUUGAUGUAAAGUCCUUAAAACAAGUCAAAAUGAGGCUCAGUAGUGUGUGUGGCCUCCAUGUCCCUGUAUGACCUCCCUACAACGCCUGGGCAUGCUCCUGAUGAGGUGACGGAUGGUAUCCUGAGGGAUCUCCUCCCAGACUUGGACUAAAGCAUCCGCCAACUCCUGGACAGUCUGUGGUGCAACGUGGCGUUGGUGGAUGGAGCGAGACAUGAUGUCCCAGAUGUGCUCAAUUGGAUUCAGGUCUGGGGAAUGGGCGGGCCAGUCCAUAGCAUCAAUGCCUUCCUCUUGCAGGAACUGCUGACACACUCCAGCCACAUGAGGUCUAGCAUUGUCUUGCAUUAGGAGGAACCCAGGGCCAACCGCACCAGCAUAUGGUCUCACAAGGGGUCUGAGGAUCUCAUCUCAGUACCUAAUGGCAGUCAGGCUACCUCUGGCGAGCACAUGGAGGGCUGUGCGGCCCCCCCAAAGAAAUGCCACCCCCACACCAUGACUGACCCACCGCCAAACCGGUCAUGCUGGAGGAUGUUGCAGGCAGCAGAACGUUCUCCACGGCGUCUCCAGACUCUGUCACGUCUGUCACAUGUGCUCUGUGUGAACCUGCUUUCAUCUGUGAAGAGCACAGGGCGCCAGUGGCGAAUUUGCCAAUCUUGGUGUUCUCUGGCAAAUGCCAAACGUCCUGCACGGUGUUGGGCUGUAAGCACAACCCCCACCUGUGGACGUCGGGCCCUCAUACCAGCCUCAUGGAGUCUGUUUCUGACCGUUUGAGCAGACACAUGCACGUUUGUGGCCUGCUGGAGGUCAUUUUGCAGGGCUCUGGCAGUGCUCCUCCUGCUCCUCCUUGCACAAAGGCGGAGGUAGCGGUCCUGCUGCUGGGUUGUUGCCCUCCUACGGCCUCCUCCACGUCUCCUGAUGUACUGGCCUGUCUCCUGGUAGCGCCUCCAUGCUCUGGACACUACGCUGACAGACACAGCAAACCUUCUUGCCACAGCUCGCAUUGAUGUGCCAUCCUGGAUGAGCUGCACUACCUGAGCCACUUGUGUGGGUUGUAGACUCCGUCUCAUGCUACCACUAGAGUGAAAGCACCGCCAGCAUUCAAAAGUGACCAAAACAUCAGCCAGGAAGCAUAGGAACUGAGAAGUGGUCUGUGGUCACCACCUGCAGAACCACUUCUUUAUUGGGGGUGUCUUGCUAAUUGCCUAUAAUUUCCACCUGUUGUCUAUUCCAUUUGCACAACAGCAUUGACAACAACAUUGACUUGGAGUUACAUUGUAUUGUUUAAGUGUUCCCUUAAUUUUUUUGAGCAGUGUAUAAACCUUUAAAACGUAAAAUCUGCUAUUUCCUCCCUGUCUCUCACCUAGCAUACAGAACUACACCCCUAAGAUAGGGGAGCACGCUACAUACGAGGCUAUCCGCCGGGCGUUUAAGGUGUGGGAGGCAGUCAUCCCUCUCCGCUUCCGUGAGAUCCCUUACAGCCACAUCCGGGACAAGGUCGACAAGUACGCUGACAUCAUGCUCUCGUUCUCCGAGGGUUUUCAUGGCGACAGCACGCCGUUUGAUGGCGAGGGCGGCUUCCUGGCCCACGCGUACUUCCCCGGGAACGGGAUAGGGGGCGACACGCACUUUGACAAUGCCGAACCCUGGACUACCGGCUACGUCGACCAAGGGGGUAAGAGACGAGGGAAAGGGGGAGGAGGGCGGAAGAGGAAGGGGAGAAGGAGAGCAGAGAAGGCUGGUGGGAGGAGCUAUAGGAGGACGGGCUCAUUAGAAUGGCUGGAAUGGAACGAAUGGAACGGUGUCAAACACAUGAAAACCACGUUUUACUCCGUUCCAUUUAUCCCAUUCCAGCCAUUACAAUGAGCCCGUCCUCCUAUAGCUCCCCCCACCAGCCUCCACUGAAGGUGAGAGAUGAUCAGAAAGAGGAGUGAGACCAGGGGAGAGAGGAGAUGAGAAGCGAAGGAGAAGAAGCGUAGAGACUUACACAGGAGGUACAGGGAGUGGGAGCGAGUGAAAAUAGACACCUGAGUGUUUUUCACUGGGUUGUCUGUAAGUUGGAAUUCAGUCAGUCUGAAUUAUACAGUACUGUUAGGGCGUGUCUGUACUUUGUUUGGUGAACGUGCUACUUUUACUCUCUUUUCAAACUGUAUUUUCCCUCUUUCCACCUCUCUCUCUCUCUCCCUCUCUCUCCCUCUCUCUCCCUGUCUCUCCCUCUCUCUCCCUCUCUCUCCCUCUCCCUCCCUCUCCCUCCCUCUCUCUCCCUCCCUCUCCCUCCCUCUCUCUCCCUCCCUCUCUCUCCCUCUCUCUCCCUCUCUCUCCCUCUCUCUCCCUCUCCUCCCUCUCUCUCCCUCCCUCUCUCUCCCUCUCUCUCCCUCUCCCUCCCUCUCCCUCCCUCUCUCCCCCUCUCUCUCCCUCCUCUCCUCCCUCUCCCUCCCUCUCCUCCUCUCCUCCCUCUCUCUCUCUCUCUGCCUCGCCCUCUCCCUCUCUCUCCCUCUCUCUCCUCUCCCUCUCCCUCUCUCUCCCUCUCUCUCCCUCCUCUCCCUCGCUCUCCCUCUCCUCCUCUCCCCUCUCUCUCCUCUCCCUCUCUUCUCCCUCUCUCUCCCUCCUCUCCCGUCUCUCCUCUCUCUCUCCUCCUCUCUCCCUCUCCUCUCGCUCCCUCUCUCCUCUCCCUUCUCCCUCUCUCUCCCUCUCUCCUCACCUCCCUUCUCUCUCCCUCUCUUCUCCUCCCUCUCCCUCCCUCUCCCUCUCUCUCCCUCUCUCUCCCUCUCUCUCCCUCUCUCUCCUCUCCUCCUCCUCUCCUCUCGCUCUCCUCUCUCCUCUCUCCCUCUCUCCUCCCUCUCUCUCCCUCCUCUCCCUCUCUCGCCCUCUCUCUCCCUCUCUCCCUCUCCCUCUCCUCUCUCUCUCCUCUCUCUCCCUCUCUCCCUCUCCUCCUCUCCUCCCUCUCCCUCUCUCUCCCCCUCCCUCUCUCUCCCUCCCUCUCUCUCUCUCCUCCCUCUCUCUCUCUCUCCUCUCUCCCUCUCUCUCCCUCUGCAGGUAAUGAUGUGUUCCUGGUUGCGGUCCAUGAGUUGGGUCAUGCCCUGGGUCUAGAACACUCCAACGACCCGUCUGCCAUCAUGGCUCCAUUCUACCAGUGGAUGGACACCGAGAACUUCCAGCUGCCUGAUGACGAUCGCCGCGGCAUCCAGGCAAUCUAUGGUAAACUCCUACACUCUUAGAAAAAGGGUUCCGAAAGGGUUCUUUGGCUGUCCCCAUAGGAUAACCCUUUUUGAUUCUAGGUAGAAUCUUUUUUGGUUCCAUGUAGAACUCUUUUGGGUUCCAUCUAGAACCCUCUGUGGAAAGGGUUUACAUGGAACUCAAAAGGGUGAUACAUGGAACCAAAAGGUUUCUAACUGGAACCAAAAAUGGUUCUUCAAAGGGUUCUCCUACGGGGACAGCCAAACUCUUUUAGGUUCUAGAUAGCACCUUUUUUUCAAAGAGUGUAUUUUCAUGGAAUAAUAUGUGGUAGCAAUGUUCUUAGAAUGUUCUAUCAAUGUUCCUGGAAUGUUAUAGCAAUGUUCCUGGAAUGUUACAGCAAUAUUUAAAACAAACUGUCUCUUUAUAAUGAUUCAGGAAUGCUAAAAGGGCAGGAAGUUCUUAUCUAGUUCACAGAAUGAAGGACUUCACAUUCAUUUUGUCAACUCAGUUCCCACUCAUUCUCUCUCAAGUCCACCUCUGGUUAUCGUCGUUCCUCAUUUUGUGUUGAAUGUGUCCAACCACAGGGUCAUCCGGAGCACCACCUCCUCCCCCCCGUCCCCCCCGCCCCACCAGACCCUCCAAACCAGACCCCCCCGGACACGGACCAGAUGUCUGUGAGGGACACUUCGACACCAUCGCCAUCCUCAGGGGGGAGAUGUUUGUCUUUAAGGUAAGUAUGGAACACAUAAACUACUACAUAGACUAACACAUAAACACACUGAAAUACAUGGCACAGAAAUACACACAUAUUGGCAUAAAUGCAUUUACACCCACUGAGAAGGACUGAAUGGCACAUCAAGUCACUCAACUACCGAACCUAUGUGUUUGUGUGUAUGUACGGUACUAUUUAAACGCUAUUCUGGUGCAGGAUAAGUGGUUAUGGCGUGUGCGGAACAACAAGGUGCUCCAGGGUUACCCCAUGCCCAUCGGUCACUUCUGGAAGGGACUACCACCAAACAUCAACGCUGCCUAUGAGAGGAACGAUGGCAAAUUUGUAUUUUUCAAGGGUAGGUUCACUUCAAUUGGCAAUCUCUUUUUCCGUUUUUGCAUGAUGAUUUUGCAUUAUCAUUGAUAAGCUCUUUUUAGUUACUGGUAGUCGUUCAUUGUUUUGUUUGUAUAUCCUUUUCAGAUCUGUGCGCUUAUAGAUGUUGUCUCCCCUCCUCCUCCUCCUCCUUCCCUCCCCUCUUCCUCCCUCCAGGUGACAAGUACUGGGUGUUCACAGAGUCCAGUAUGGAGCAGGGUUAUCCUAAGAGUCUGAAGGAGCUGGGCACAGGGCUGCCCAAAGACAAGCUGGACGCUGCCCUCUUCUACACUCCCACCGGACAGACAUACUACUUCAGAGGGACCAAGUGAGUUGUCUUUCAUCCUUCAUUCCGUUCUUCAUUUCUUUACUUUUUCUGUGUACCUUUCUAUCCUUCCCUCUCUUCUGGUUGUUUUCCCUCUGUCGUCCCUCUCCAUAACUGCCUCUCUCUGUCUGUCAGGUAUUACCGUUUCAAUGAAGAGUCCCAGACUGUGGACAGAGACUACCCCAAACCCAUCAACACAUGGCAGGGUGUCCCCGACAACAUUAAGGCUGCCAUCAUGAGCGAAGAAGGAUGUAAGUGUGUCAAAACGUGCAUGUUAAAGUAGAUGUUCGUUAGAGUGCCAUUGAGCAUUAUAUAAAUUGAAAAGGAUAAAUAUUACAGUGCUUUUGUGAUGUUAGAGGAGGCUAUCAUAGACCACUGCAAUUUCUGAAGGUAAUGUAUCAUAAUUAAGCAAUAAGGCCCGAGGGGGUGUGGUAUAUGGCCAAUAUACCACGGCUAAGUUCUUAUGCACGACGCAACGCGGAGUGUCUGGACGCAGCCCGUGAUAUAUUGGCCAUAUAUCACAAGCCUCCGAGGUGCCUUAUUGCUAUUAUAAACUGGUUACCAACGUAAUUACAGCAGUUAAAAUAAAUGUUUUGUCAUACCCAUGGUAUACGGUCUGAUAUACCACGGCUGUCAGCCAAUCAGCAUUCAGGGCUCGAACCACCCAGUUUAUAAUGACAGUUAUAUCUGAUCUUUCAUCCUCCCUCUCUCUUUUCUAACCUUCUCUCCAGCCUACACCUACUUCUACAAAGCCAACAAGUACUGGAAGUUCAACAACCAGCACAUGAGGGUGGAGUCGGGCUACCCCAAGUCGGUGCUCAGCGAAUGGAUGGGCUGCGCGGGGGAGGAGCCUAAGAAGCGGGACGGUGAGGAGGAAGUGAUCAUCAUCGAGGUGGAGGAGGCAGAAGGCGGGGCCACGGCUGCGGCCGUGGUGAUCCCUCUCCUCCUAUUGGUCUGCGUGGUCCUCACUCUGGGAGCCCUGCUGUUCUUCAGGAAGUACGGGACGCCACGACGUCUCCUCUACUGCCAGAGAUCUCUACUGGACAAGGUCUAG